AUGACUCUGGUGAGCUUCUCAUCCUGGUCUCCCAAGAAUACCAAGCCUCAGCCAAGCCCUGCGUCAACCACUAAGAAAUCCCAAUUGAGACCGAGCCCGCCACGCCGCGUCACACUUGCUGCCCAGUCCCCAAUGACGUGCGAACGACCCAGGCCCCCCCCCAAGAACCCCGACUCCCAGCUCUCCAACACCGUACGGCACCGUUCUGUACGGUUUAUCUUGUCCAAUCAGCACACACCUCACCCCCUUGGGAAAACUGGGACCGGCGCUCCUCCACCGGGGUCGCACGGCCAAGCCCGGUGGUUGUUAGUGAAAUUUGGGGUGGUUUCUCAACAACAACAACCAAGGUUUCGCCUCAAAGCCAAGAACCUCGCUCUCAGUUCAGACCCCGCCUUUAAGGAAGCAGAGAAGGAAAAAAUGGAAACGUCUUGGCGAUGUGGAGUUUACUGGAGUAUCAGCGAUGGUGACUUGAGCCAAGACUUUGAGAACACGAGAUAA